AUGGCUUUCAUGAUUUCCAGAGCUGAAUCAGAGACAGAGAUGGGUAGCCUUGAUCACCUCGAGGACAAGGACUCUGCAACAGUUGGUGCCAUCUCAAGCCAGCUCCACUUGAAGUCUUCGUUGUCAUCCAAAGACUCAUCUCAAACCUUGAACAAACAGGUUGUCCUCCAACGCAUUCGCCACCGUAAGUCCCUAAACAAAAUCAAAAGCGCUCUUGAAGUUCUUUUGGGCAGCUCAGAAGGCAAUACAGUCUCAACCCAAGAGCAGAAGUGGCUCCAACAAGAUGACGCUUUCUCUGCACCUUAA